AUGAUGCUGAUGAUGGUGAUAACGAUGGUGACGAUGGUACAUAUGAGGAUGCUGAUACUGAUGCUGGUGCUGGUGGUGAACGACUGGGUGUGCAAUGAUGCCUGGCGACCGUUCGUCGUGCACGCCGUCUUCUGGGUGGGCAACAUCGUCGGCUCCUGGAUCUGGGGCACCAUCAGCGACAAGGUUGGCCGCCGUCCGGCUACGCUGGCCUCGUUCGUGGUGUACGCCGCCGGUGGCGCCCUCACCUUGGCCUGGCCCUCCAGCAUGGCCGCCCUAGCGGCCGUCCGCUUUCUCGUUGGCACGGCGCACCACACCAUCUCUCAUCUGCCCUACAUGCUAGUGAUCGAGUACUGCGGUGCGAGGGCCCGCGUCUACCCGCUGCUGGCGCUCAUUGGCUCCUGGGGCGUGGGCGGCGCGCUACUGCCCUGGAUCGCCUACCUGGUCUGGGACUGGCGCAUCCUGAUGCUGCUCUCCAGCCUGCCGCUCCUGCUCACCCUGGCGUUUUACAACUACAUUCCGGAGUCAUCCUCCUGGCUGAUGGUUCGUGGUCGCGGAGAGGAGGCGGCCACCCUCUUGAGGAAGAUGGCGGCAAUCAAUGGGCAGACGCUGGAUGAGGAAGCGUUCGGCGAGGUGCUUAUCGACAUGACGGCCCGCGAUCCCGACAAGGAGACACAGAGCAUCCUGCUGGUGCGGAAGCACCCCCGCCUGAUGAAGAACAUGGUGCUGGUCAUUCUGCUGUGGAUGGUGUCGUGUCUGUGCUUCUACGGACACACGCAGAACACGGGCAACCUGGGCGGCUCUGUAUUCAGCUCGUUCUCGCUCGGCGCCACUACCGAGCUGCUGGCUAUGACCGUGCCGUUCAUCAUCAACGCACGGGGUCGCAAGUGGCCGAUGGCCCUCUUCUUCGUCACGUCCGGCCUCUGCGGCCUGCUCUACGCCCUGCUCGGCGAUGCGCUGCCUGGCCCGGCGCGUCUGGCACUGGGCCUCACCGGGCGGAUGCUCAUCAUGGGCGCCUACAGCACCUGCCUGCAGUACGGCCCCGAGCUCUUCCCCACCGUCAUCCGCGGCCAGAGCCUGGCACUGUACGAGCUGCUCGGUGGCGUGGCCAUCUUCAUCAGCCCCUCCAUCGUCUACCUGCACCAGCAGACCCCGGGGCUGCCACUGCUGAUCAUCGGCGCCAUGUCGCUGCUUGGCGGCGCCAUCACCACCCUGCUGCCGGAGACGGCCGGCCUCAACCUGCCACAGACGCUGCUGGAUGGAGACCUGCUGGGACGAGAUCAGAGUGUGCUGCCCUGCCGACGCCGGCCACAGCGCCAGGAGGGUGGAGACAAGGCGUAGUGACGAACUGAGCUGUGCCGUGACGAGACGACCCGAUGCCAAGACGGCGCGGAUCGGUGGGUGGGCCGAGCGAGUGGGCAGCGAUGGGCGCGAGGGAAAGCGCUGGAGUGCCUUGGAUGCUCCUGAAGGGUGACAGCGAACUAUGGAUGGCAGUGAGCAGCGCUUGGCGAUGGUAUAAACACGUUCGGAAAAUGGCGUGCGUCGGGCGAAAAAUUGUGGAUCUUGCUGGACAGUGGCGAGAUGGCUCACAGAGCUACGGAGAGACGAGACAAACUGUGAUGAAAAUUGACUGAUUUGAUCCAAAAGCGAAGUGAUGCAGACUGGCAUACUGGCAGGAAUGCGCAGGACGAACGUGCGACGACCAAAUUUGGUGAAUCGCUUGAAAAGAGUGUGGCGAAAUGGUUGGAAGCACUCAAUUUUUAGUACUGAUCACACAUUUGGUGCAUCUAAUUGACAGCGAACGGCAUUUAGCAUAGGGACUGCUAACGCAGCUCUCACCUGAUAACCUCCGAGCUCGGUGGCGAUGCCUCUCAGGAUUCGACGCGCCAUAGAAUGGACGCGAUAUCCCCAAACGCAUACUUGCUAGUCCAGGAUUGGGGCCACCUUAUUGCGCUUUCAAGGGAUGCGUUCUGAAGGAAUAGCUCUAGAUCAAGGAAUAUCACUGCUGGCAUACCAGAAGUCACCACAUUGUUCUCCCUAAGUGUUGCUCCAUGACCAAGAGAGCAAGACCAAGUUUGUUUAUGUCGUGACCAAGACUUUGUAUCAGCCACUUCAGCUUCUACUUCAUUAAUGCAUUCGCCCAAUUGCCAUCACGGCUGGUGGCUAGUGGUGAACGACGAUUAGUAUGUAAAUGAAGGGUACUUAAAUUGUCUUGGCUGCUCUUUUGCAGGUGUACAACUGAGUGAACCCGUGAACCACGUAUUGCACUAACCUUACCACUGCCACGGGACUA